GAGAUUUCGAUCAGCAAACCCUGCAGCCGCUGGCCGCAUCGCUGGCAAGGCUCGCCUCAGGCGCUGCCGUUGGGCGAUCUUUCGAUGUGCCGGUGCCACAUCUGGGGCCACGGCACACUGGCCGCGCUUUGAGAGCUAUGGGAGUGCAGGUCUCCACCUUCCAGACCCACAGCCUCCCGAAAUGGGUCGCUGCAGCCAGGUCUCUUGUGGCGGAGGUUUUCGGGGAGGAGGGUCCACUUCCCAUGCUGCCUAUUUCCAAGGAGAGGUCCAGAAUUCCCGUGGUUGAGAAGGAGGCAUAUGCACAGAGCAUCCAGCGUUUCGGUGUGGACAACUUCGGCAAGAUUGGAGGUCGCUGCCUGAUGAACCAACUUGGCAUCGGCCGGGCAGAGGAGGCGUGGCUCCAUGAGGUGAAGCACUUCCUGAGAGCAUGGUCCGAAGGUGUUGGCACAGUUUCCUCCGACUGGAAGGCACAGACGGCGCAUCGUCGCAUCUAUGCCUUUGCCGAAUUCUCCUUUGCGAGCACAUUCCUGCCGGGGAAGAGCCUCUUGGAAGGAACCCUAUUCCAGCUGAACGGCCUCCAUGCCGAUCCAGAGUUUACAUUCCGGCCGUGGCUUUGCGCCGUGCAGCUGCCCAUCAGCAAGUGGGUUGACAGGAGCCUCUGUGCGGAGUUCCAGCUUCUCGGCGAGGUGUGUGAACUACUCCACCGCUCGGGCAUAGAUUUGACUUGCCCGGAGUUGAGAUACUCGGUCCACGGGGAUCUGAACAUGUACCUCUCCGAGCCGUCCUGCGUGUCCUGCGUUGGGUCUGAAGGACACCCCGAAAGCCUGAUAGCGCGACGCUGGCCGCCUUGCGGCGUCUCGGAAAGGCGGCUUUGUGGAGGUCUCCUCGCCAUGGGCAUCGACAUGGAUGGCAUGACCUUCUCGGAGUUUACCGGCCAUCGGCUCCAGCAUGUUUGCGACACUACCAGUCGCAAGUUGGAAGCGAUAUUGCGGGAGCAGCUGCAGAAAGCCACGUUUGACCUCAAGGAGGCGCACCGCCUCCAUUGCAAAACCUUGCAGCAGACCUUGACGCACGCCGGUGGAGAACUCGAUUCCCUCAGAGUCGACCAUUUCCGAAUCGACGGAGACGAGGUACCACGGAGCCAACCGCGCCGGCGGAUCGAUGAUCCAGACUGGCGGGCAGAGGACUGGAAGGCGGAGUCAGAAGACGGUGGUCUCGACGAGGAACUGGACUUUUCCAAGUUGCGUAUCAAGUCACCUUCGCUGGACAGUCCGACGGGCAGUGGGAGCCUGCAGCAGUUCACAUCGCGGGUCACCUUCGAUGGGGUAGGUGUUGACGAUCUUUCGCCUCUCUCUCCGAGCUCUGGUGCGGGCAUGCCUCGACUAACUAGCGAGGUCACCCUUCACAAGGUCUGGACUCCCGAAGACGCCAUGAUGACACGCGCUGCCUCAAAGAGGCUGCACUUCGAGGACCGAAAGCCCGCCAACAGGAGCAGAAGCAGGGUGAGGUCGGGGCAGGAGAUCGUGGACGAAGGUUGUUCACACUACGUGGUCCUGAGGCCCAACGGUUUCUUCUGCAUAUUCUGGGAUAUCGUCUGCACCGUUGCCAUUGCGCACGACACCGUGAUGAUUCCACUCUUGUCCGCCUUCCCGAUCCAUCAAGCAGGUGUGCCGGAAAUUCUCGAGGCAGUUUCGGGCUGCGUCUGGAUGACGGACAUCCUGAUCUCCUUUCUAAGGGGCUUCAUCGACACGCAGAGAGGGCUGGUGGAGAUGCGCUUGCGAUACAUCGCUUAUCGCUAUGUCUCCACCUGGUUUCUACCAGAUGUAUCCAUGGCCCUGGUGGACGGUCUGUCUUUGUUCUUGGUGGAGAUGAGAGAUGUGGAAGCCCUGACAUUGCUCCGCCUGUUCCGAAACCUGAGAUUAGUCAGGCUUCUGAAGAUGACGGAUCGUUUCAGGCUGUUUAAGGAUGUGAUCAUCAGUUUGGGCUACGGCUCUGAGUGGACGUCCGUCUACAUGGAGACCGGGGUGGGUGUCUUGAAGCACCUGGCCUUCAUCGCCUUGCUCUGCCACUUUACCGGCUGCGCUUGGCAUGCGAUCGGAGGCCUGCCUGGCAUGACCACCUGGGUAAUUGCCCACAGGAGCUGGCGAGAACAGGAGAUCAGUGUCUUUGAGCACGACUGGCUUUACAUGUACAUGACCUCCGUGCACUGGAGCCUCACGCAGUUCACGCCUGCUGCCAUGGACGUGGUGGCGGUGAAUGCACUGGAGAGGAUCUUCUCCGUCGUGGUCACUUUGGCCGGGCUCAUAGUCUUCAGCUUCUUCCUGGGCAGUAUCAACCAGAACUUGGCGCGGCUGAGAAGCCUCCAUGCCCAGGAGAGGCUCCAGAACCGGCUCGUGCGCCGCUAUGUCAGCGAGCGCCACAUCUCAGUGGAGUUGGGCGCAGAGAUCCUAGCUUGGAUCAAGCAGCGAAGGCGUGGAAAGGCCAACAGCAAGACCGUCUUCGGCGACAUCAAAGCCCUCGAGAAUCUACCGACCAACCUCUUGACUGAGCUGCAGCAAGAGGUUGGCAUGCCGGUGCUGGAGUCUCACGCCAUGCUGAAGCACCUGGCUGGUCUUGGCUAUCAAGACGCGGUUCGCCUCUGUACAAAGGCAUUGAAAGAGGUCAGCACCGUCUUUGGCGAGGAGCUUUUCUACUCCGGCGCGAUCGGAGACAAGAUGUUCUUCGUGCGCAGCGGGCGCCUGAAUUACACGUGGGACCUCAAGCCGAAGGAGAUCGAGGACGUCCUUCCACAGGGCCGUGUCGGUGAGGCCACUCUCUGGCUGCAGUUGGAGUACUCUGGGCGCCUUGCAUGUGCGGACCACAGCGCCCAUCUCUUUUUCCUGGAUGCAACAGCCUUUCGCAAGGUUCUUGCCAAGAGUGAGAACAUGGAAGUGCUGACCGUCUACGCCCGUCUCUUCAGCAAGCUCUUCCUGGAGCAGAAGGACAUGGGCCUGGCCUCCGACCUCUUCGGUGACGACAGCCACGUUGCAAAGCUCAUGCGUCGGCUGCGCACCCUCCAGGUUGGAGCCAGCAUCCUCAUCACCGCGGACGCAAGCAUUAUCACCGCCAAGCCCAUCUUCCUAGCAUGGAAGGCGGUGGCGCAAGCGAAGCACCAACGAUCGAAGGGUCUCUGUUGGCCGUUCCUCAAUCGAGGCUGA